CGUUUGAAUCUGUAUUAAAAUAUUUGAACGCUAGGAUUCGUUCGUGGUCGUCAAUCGGAUAGUGCCUGAAGGCACCGUUGGGUUUGUUUUGAUCCUGAGGGGCUGUGUUAGAGCCAACCAAUGACCUUAAGGGAAGGAGCUUGCAAGUGUCACGUGGUUCCUACCCUCCCGCCCCGUCAACCUCACUCGUAAAGCGGCGCGUCCUUCAUACUUAAUUCACUCUUUACCUUGUAUCGGGGACUCCUAAAGUCUGUCCCCGUUACUUCUCAGCAACGCCAGAGAGACACUUUGCAUUCUACCAACGAAAACGUAAAGGAGAAAAAAUAGACAAAGACACACCACUCUUUCCUUCGCACAUUCACAGAAAGGACAGAAUAACCGAGAUAAAUCCGCGACUGCGACACGAGCUAGAGGCUGCAUCCGCCCACUCCUUCAUUCGCGGUGAUCUACUCAGACGCUCUGCGUUUUCUCUUUGAAGAACCAAAAUGAAAACCAAAUUUAUCAACGGGGUUUCGUCCUCACCCUCGCUGUCGCUAGACAUCCUGGUGACCGAGAACGCGCUGCAGGUCCAGCCCGACACCGAGGAGGACUGCGGGGAGAUGGACCGGGCUGACCAGCCCGACGUGGACACCCGGUGUAAGGCUCAUCUGUGGUGCAGGGAGUUCCUCCACGGAGCGUGGAAAAGCCUGGCCAAGGACGAGUUCCACAUCAGCGUCAUAAGGGGUGGUCUGAGCAACAAGCUCUUCCUGUGCAGCCUCCCCGACAGCGUGGACAGUGUUGGGGACGAGCCCCGGAACGUUCUGCUGCGCCUCUAUGGGGCCAUUCUGCAGAUGUCCUGUAAUAAAGGGGAUUCUCGACUGUCAAACAAAGACAAUCUCUUCCAAGGUGCAGAGGCCAUGGUGUUGGAGAGUGUGAUGUUUGCCAUUUUGGCGGAGAGGGAGCUGGGACCUAAACUCUACGGCAUCUUCCCUCAGGGCCGCCUGGAGCAGUACGUCCCUAGUCGCAGGCUGGACACCUGUGAGCUAAGCGACCCCAGCAUCUCCGCUGAGGUUGCCGAGAAGAUGGCCAAGUUUCAUGCGAUGAGGAUGCCCUUCAACAAGGAACCCAAGUGGCUGUUUGGAACUAUGGACAAGUACCUGAGCCAAGUCAUGAGGCUGAGCUUCACCAGAGAGUCCCAGCUGUGCCGCUUCAAACGCCUGCUGGACUACAACCUGCCUAAGGAGAUGGAAAUGCUCAAGUCUCUUUUGGAGUCCACGCACUCUCCUGUUGUGUUCUGCCACAACGACUGUCAAGAAGGAAACGUGCUGCUGCUGAAGCGCAGCCAUAGCUCCGACAAACAGAAGCUUAUGCUGAUUGACUUUGAGUACAGCAGCUACAACUACAGGGGAUUCGACAUUGGCAACCAUUUCUGUGAGUGGAUGUACGACUACAGCUGUGAGGAGUUUCCCUUCUUCAAAGUGAACGCUCAGGCCUACCCUUCGAAGGCCCAGCAGCUGCUCUUCAUCGAGAGCUACCUGCGCGAGUCCCAUCAGGGGUUUGAGAGCCUGAGUGAGGAGGACCAGAUGAAGCUCAUGGAGCAGCUGCACGUAGAGGUCAACAGGUUCUCUCUGGCGUCCCACUUUUUUUGGGGCUUGUGGUCCAUUAUCCAGGCCCGGCUCUCCACCAUCAAGUUUGGGUACUUGGAGUAUGCCCAGGCCAGAUUUGAUGCCUACUUCCAGCAGAAGAAGAUCUGGGCGGUGUAGUGGAGCCACAUGAUUGGAUGGGCCGAACAUGCAGACUGACAAUGACUCCACCCUCUGCGCUUUACUUGUGCGUCCUGCCUGCAGAGGAUUUGCUGGCUACUGUUGGUGUAGUGACUAAAUGCCAAAACUUGAUCAUGUGGUGCUUAAGGUACACCCCUCCCUCCCCCUUGCCCUAAAAAAAACACCUUUACCGUUUGAAGUUUACACUGUUUGACUCCCAGAGGGCUCCUCCCCCUGAAAAAAAGUAAAUACAGAAAACCCUGACCUUUACUAACCUUCAUCGCUGGUCAGAGCUGCCCUCCGCUUCUGCCCUGUUGGAACCAUAUCACUAACACAUGGCUUGUGCUUGGAGAGAGGAGAGGGGGGGCUGCAGCUGGAUUGGAAAUGUUGACAUUGCAUCAAUGUGUCUGUAUUGCUCAUUCCCUUGUGGAAAUGUUCGGUUGGAAAUAACCAAAAUGUGAACUUCUCUUGCUACAUUGCUGCUCACAGAAGCAGUCAGUUGCUAAAUAUGUAUAUUAUAUAUAGACCUCAAUGUGACAGUGACCGGGCCACACUUACUGUUUGCUGGUGUAAUCGUGAAUUGAUCGACAGGUCGGAGUGAUUAUCUACACUUGUAGAUAUUCAACACUUUCGGCUUGUCCGAUUUUCUUUUUUUUUUGUAAUCGUUGUAUUUGACAUUUUCUGAAGGACCAAGGAAAAGUAUGAGGAGAAUUGAGGUUGCCUUUAUUUGGGGCGGCUGGUUAAACGUUAAACUCCUCCAACUCCAAGACGUCAAACAUCUGGUUUCUUCAUAUUCGGUCUGGUUCUUGGUGGCGUCUCAACUAAUAAUGCUGUGACUUUUUAUCAAGCUGCAAAAAUUUUUGCUGACUUAAGUUUGGUAGAUUUAUGGUAUUAAUACAACUAACUGAUACAUAAAGGACACCGCUAUUUAGUUUACACAUCUGCACUUCUUAUUUAGCCAAAAAGACAUUCCAUCCAUGCUUUAUAAGCCUGGGAAAACAUUGCUAAGCAGCCAGGUAACCCCACUACUUAGUUUUGCAUUCUUAUUAUACUAUAUUUUAUCGUUACACUGAAGGAAACAUGCAAAACAGUGGUAAUGUGUUCUUUGGUGGUGUUACUGGGUUGUUUUGGCUCAAGUGCCUACUGCUAUUGUCUUACCUACGAUCUAGUACAGCUUGCCUCUCACUUUGAUAAGUUGCAGGACAUGGGUCACACUUAGAAAGCUUGUCUCACACAAGUUGUGCCUGAGAUCACUCACUAGGAGGAGUUGUGCAAUUUUACUUUGUUUAAAGGUAAAUUGUAUUUGCGACUGAAAGCUGAGUCCGAGCCGGGGCCGGGUCUAGACAGGCAUGUAUGAGGGGGCAGCCACAAAUCUUGAGGGGGCAUUGUGCUUAGUUUAUGUGCUUAGUAGAUUUAAUUUGAGGGGGCACAACAUUUAUUUGAGGGGGCCAGGCCCCCUCUUGCCCCUGCCUAGACCCGGCCCUGGUCCGAGUGUGAUCAACUUUUCAAUUAUACACAGUAUUUGUCCGAUGCAGUGAGAUUGAAGUUCAAGAUCCCGAGACGUGCCCAAUACUACCCCAACAGCGACCUCUGGUUCUGCCGAGAUAAGGUGCGUUCUCACCAAACGUGAAGCAAAUGUCUCCCAAACGAGCCGCAUACUCGCUGGGGAUAAUUUCUGGUCAAUUGGCAUUAAUCGUGUCCCACUAGACAAUGCGGAGAGGUGGCUUAUCAUCCUAAAAACUGUUUGGCUUUCGGCCAUUGUUUUUCCUCUGUAUCAACCAUGGAAGACGCUAUACUACAUGUCAUUUAGCUGACGCUUUCAUCCAAAGUGACUUACAUUGCAUUAUACCCCAUACGUUACAUUUUGCCUGGGGAGCAAUUAGACAGCGAUGUGCACCUGUUGUGGAAGUCCAGCUCGCGGUAUCCACACACAGCUAAUGCUACGUUUCAUUCAUCCUCCAUGUUUUCUCAUUCGGCAACGAGCGCGAGCGGUUGUCUUUGCGGCGCCAACUGAAAACGUGGACGGACGAGCCUGCAAAAAAAACGACACUCCGCUGCAUUAGAAAAAGUCCCUUCAAAAUAAUAAUUUUUUUAUUUUUUAUUUUAUUUUCCCAUGCAACGGCCUGCGACCCACCAGUUGAGAACCACUGAUCUAGAUUAUUUGAUUGGGUGUUGCUAAUCAGAUAAUUAAUCGAUCAAGCAAGUUGUCUUUUCAUUGUUUCCAGAUCACUCUUUUUUUUAGCCUCUUUAAAAAUUAAAAAAGUAUAAAAAGUAUUUUAAAUAUGCACUUAAGCAUUUCAAACAUGAUAUUGCGUUAUUUUUUCCAUUUUAUUUGCUAAAAAGGCACCUAGUGUGUAAAGGUCUUGUUUGGCUACUUAGCUUACAUUUUUCUAAUUGCAAAAGAUGAAAAGCUCUCAUGAUGUGGUUGGCAACCACGACUCUUCAUUGGACCACGUUGCCGGGUUACAGUUUGACCAUCCAAAAAAGACCAGGACAGACCGUUAAUGUUAUCCCAGACCACCUUUCUCCCAGUUGGGGAAGUACUACACAGUCUAUGUGCUAGUUGUGAAUAUGCUGUUAUUUUAAAUUGGCAUCAAUCUCCAAACUCUUUAAAUGCUGAAUGUUACUCUUAUUAUGACCCCCUCCCCCAACAGCAGGAGAAUUCAAGAGCAGGACGGCUUAAAUCCAGUUGCCAUGAUUGGACAAUCACUGUUUGGGUUAGGGAUCCAGCAAGCAAAUUAAAAAGCAAAAUAUUUGCUUUUGAUAGUUUGUUUUCCACUAAAUGUUGGAUUGACAAAGUAAAGCAGAGCGGCUGCAUGCAUACCCGUGUGUGUUGCUGUUGGGUCGUAGCGUUGUUUCCCCGCUUACCUGUGAGCAGUAAUGUGGAAGCAACCACGUGGCCCUUGCUAAGCGUACAGCAGGAAACUAAACUGAACCUGACACUAGUCACCUGUUACAGGAACCAUCCAGAAGUGCUAGAAUGUCUUCUGAGGCACUUUUGAUCUCAAUAAAUUUACUUUGGUGUUUUCGUGUGUGAAACAUUUGAAAGAUGUAGAACUGUGACUUUUAGUUGAAAUGUUAGUUUAAUUUGACAUGCAGGUGAAGUUAUUGUAUUUUUCAUUGUGAUAUUUCUUUGAAAUGGAUUUACUGUAUAGUUUAAAUUUAUUUUGUGAUGCAGUGGGACUUUGGGUCGUACCGGCAGCAUGUGUCGUGGAUUAUACUCCGAGUCACUGCUGCAUUUCAUUUUCUGGCAAUAGUCUUUUAUUUAGUAUCCAUUCUUUUUUUUAAUACCAUUGAGUGUCUCCUUCAUCUACCAAACUUAGUGUUAAGUUUUAUUUUUGAAUGAAUUAAAUGUAUUUGUCCUGACUACCUUUUUUGUCCAUUUACAUGAUUUCCGUGAUUUUGUUAUGUAAAACAUGGCCACUAUGAUCUGUACCUGUAUGUACAUUCCAUGCGUGUUACUUCAAAUUUACGAAUUGUGUACAUUCGAUCAAAAUAACAUUUUGAUCUGAUUGGUUCAAGCUAAAUUGUGGAAAAGUAAAGAACAAACACACACUUGCUUCUGUUUAUACAUGUUAUUAAAUAUAUGAAUCAUUCCCUGACAAAAAUAUAGAGGGUCAUGCUAGGAAAUAUCCAAAUGUAAAGAUUAAAAAAUGUUUACCUUUUUGUUCUUAAUGAUUUGUACAUUGUCUUAAUGUUAACAAACCUUUCGUUAUGUGAAAGCACCCAGAGCUACACCAUCAUGUGACUCACAUUGGUAACCAUUGCUCUCUGUGCAGCUAUACUGAAUGCAUAUGUACUCAUGGAAACGUAAUAGAAAAGCCUUGGGGUGAAUUGGAGCAGCUCAGAAAGACUUUGGCUGUAAAUGUACUUUCUGCUUUGCACAAACAAGAAAUAAAGAGAAAACAACUGAC